GCAACCAACGGGUUCUGCGAGAUUCGUCGCCACAUUGGCGCUCGGGGAUUCGGGCGAGCGAUUCCCGCGAUAAAUUGUGGCGGCAGUGCCGCCGCAAGAACCAUGCUCCCUUGUCCGUCGCGUCACUCGCGGGCGCCGUUUCGGCGUCCCUGCAUACGCUGCAGGAAUGCGCGUAACAGCGUCGUUUUCGCCGGGAAGUGGAGUGCAGUACCUUCGGGAGCUGGCGAAAUUGCCGAUGGACCACCACCAGACUUUGGCUAUGGACCCCCAGCAGGACACUCCGGGUUCUACGACUUCUUCCCGGGCGGACCCGGGGGACCAGGUGGCCCGGAGAUGGGCCCAGGGCCAGGGCCGUUUGGCCCAGCCCCGUUCCCGGGCCAACAGAACAUGCCGAUGCCCAUGGACGGGGGUCAGUUCGAUGGUCCCAUGGGUCCCCAGCCAGGCCCGCAGCGUGCUAGUCCAGAGUUUGAUCUGCCUCCAGGCGGUCGUGACUCGGGUCCAAUGGGAGCCGCGGGUUUAAUCGCCGUUCCUGCGCAUUUCUCAUUGGGCGCCGUUUAUCACGCCCGGGGAGAGCAAAUGAUGAUUGCCCUCGGGGCCACGCUGCCCGGGCCCGAAAAACCCGGGUCUAUAGAGUGA